AGUAUUUUAGUAUUUUGAGAAUUACAUAUCACAAAUCAGUGACUAUACUUUGAGUUUUUUUUUUUUCUUUUUCAGUUUUGUGGUGUGAAGAACUAGAUGUUAUGGUAAAUUAAAUAUGUUAAUGAGAGUGUUUCUGUGGUUUGUGGUUUCUGUGUCUUAUGCACCAUUUCUGUAUGAAAUAGGUAAACUUAACUAAGUAAACUUCAUUUAAACAUUUUUGCAUAUACAAUGAACUCCGUUUAUACGUGAUAAGCCGAUACCUAUGCAUUUAAAAUUAGUCAAUAACUGAUUUUGGUUAUUGUCUCAAUCCAGUGUGCAAAUGUUUAAUCGGGUUGAAAAACCAUAGAAUUGUGAUCACUUGUAGAUAUAAUACAUAAGGACAGUUAUGCACUUGUUUUGUCUUAAUAGGCCUACUGCAUUAUACAAAUGGGAGAAAACCCUAAAUAUUCUUUGACCAAUAGUGUCAAAGUAGUGUCAAUAGUUUUACAAAGUACUAGACAACUUUUGCAGGUGGGUGUUGAAUAUGCUGAAAGCUUUAGAUGUCUGAUAUAUGAAGUCUAAAAGUGUGUGUGUUUUGUUUUUAUCCUAUCUUGCACGUAGCAAAUUUAUGGUAUUAAUUUUUCAUUGUACAUUUAUGAAAUGUGUGGGGAUGUCUCCUUCUAAGGAGGAUUUUCCUGGAAAUUAAUUUGAUAAAAAGUCAAAAUUGUUUAUAGCAAAUGGAUAAAUAUUUGUUCCUUUUUGUAAAAUUAUGUUUUCUCACAAACGUACCGCAUAGCAAUAAAAUCUUUAAAAGAAAUGCAGUUUAAUUCAAUUAACAUACGACGUUGCAGACUAAAAAUGCACACACACUGGCGACAUGUUCUGGUAAUGAAAUUACGGGCUAGUGACGUUGCAGUUACGUUGUCAGUAAGUCAUGAAAUUACCAAAUUAUUACGAAUAGAGGACCUGUCUGGGACGUUUUUGGUUAUAUUGUUACGUUAUGAGGACGUACUGAUGACAUUGUGAGUUGGUAAUGGGAUGGUAAUGGAAUUACGAGCAUACGACGUUGUGGUAACGUUGUCUGUUGGUAAGUCAUGAAAUUACCAAAAAUUACGAAUAAAUUACGUAACUGUUACGUCGUGUGUUAGCUGGGGCGGCAAGCUUUAUGCGUGCGCUUGAGCGCGGAAUAUGCUAUAAUACGCCUAAAUGCCUAUAUUAAAGGAUGGUUUAGGUUAUUAUACAAAUCAAUUUAAUAUAAGUGUGCGACUAGUUGACUAGAAAAAUCUUUAGUCGGGGGCAGGCCUACUUGGCACAAUUGAACCGAUCCAUUUUUAAAAUAAAAUGCUGACAUUACGUGCGACUGCAAAUCACGUCACGUUGUAGUCUAUUGCAUUGCAGUAGUUAUGCAUGAGUCAAAUGUUUUUAUUUUAUUUCAUUUUUUUUAAUAGCGCGCUCGCUGCAGGACAGGCGCCGGUGCGCUUAAGCCUAGUUCACACUACAUGAUUUAAAACGUUGGCAGAUCGCUGUGCUGUUCAGACUCCAUGACUUGCUGUCUGUCUUUAAGUCGUUGUGCUGUUCACACUACGCGACACAACAUAAAUGAUCGGCAACAGGGGGUCACACACUACACGAGCUGACAACAACUCUGUCGCCCAGCGACUCUCUCAGGUCCCCAAACCACGUUUUGUCACGAAAACACACGCGAGAAGUGGAACAGGAAAUGACAUGAAACAACGCGCGAAACAGGAAGUGAAAAUGGACGGCAGCAAGAAUUUAGCGCUGAAAGUUAUUUGCGCGAUGAUCUGUUCCGAAAAACCCCCAAAAAGGAAAGAAAAGAAAAGAAAAUGGGUGAAAGACUGGAUCAGUACACGUGGGCAGCAGGGAUUGUCUGUGCUACAGAGAGAGUUGGAGAUGAAUGAUAAGACUGGAUUCAGGGAGCUGUUGCGAAUGACUGCAGAGGAUUUUGAUUUCUUGCUGGGGAAAGUCAAACACCUCAUAACAAAACAGGACACCAAGAUGAGACUGGCAAUACCACCUGGAGAGCGUAUGUCUUUGACCUUGCGCUUCCUGGCAACAGGUGAAUCAUUCAAGUCCCUGAGGUUCCACUACAGAGUUGGGACCAGCACCAUCUCACAGAUAGUUGUGGAGACCUGUGCCGCUCUGUACCAGGUUUUGAAGGAAGACUUCCUAAAGACACCAUCAACGGAGGCAGAAUGGCAGGCAAUAGCCCAGGACUUCGAAAAGAAAUGGCAGUUUCCACAUUGCCUUGGGGCAAUUGAUGGAAAGCAUAUUCACAUACAACCUCCAAAAAAGAGUGGCAGUCUAUACCACAAUUACAAAGGCAGGUUCUCUGUGCUAAUGAUGGCUGUAGUAGAUGCAAACAAGUUCAGAUGCUGGACUGUUUGCACACUCUGA